AUGAAUAGGGGAAAGAAAGUAAAAGACCCAAAUUUCUCCAAUCUACCCAAAAAACGUAGAAAUCCACCACAUCCAAACAACCACGAUGUUAUGCCACCACCUCCUCCUUCGCAAAGAGACACCUUCGAAAAUACGUAUCGGCUACAAUCCGUUGAUGAUUUCCUUAGUGGAAUGGACCCACUGUUUUUCUCAACCACCCCGUCAAGUAGGGCUGUAAACGGUUCGGUUCGGUUCGAAGAAGAGGAAGCAAUACCCGAGACCCAAGUCUCGGUUAAAGCGACUAAAGGUAAAAGAGAUUGUCGUGGAUGGGGGAAGGAUGAAGAAAAGUGUUUGGCAAAAGCUUGGUUAAACGUUUUCGAGGAUCCAUACACCGGAAACGCCCAAACGGCCAAUUCGUUUUGGGGGAAGGUGAAGUUUCAGAUGGAUGAACACUUGAAACGUGAUUCGGGACGUACCCCGGAAAUGUGUCGGUCGAAAUGGAAGGAUUUGAAGCUUAAGGUGUCGGGUUUUUGUGGUAUCUACAAUGCGAAGAAAAGUAAGAUGUCGAGUGGUCAAAGUGACGAGGAUGUGUUUAAGGCGGCCGUGGCAUUGUAUAUGCGGAAAUACAAUAACAAGUUCGGUUUUCCGCAUGGGAUUUGUGAGGAGUCGGGUAGCAAAAGGGCAAGAACGGAAGGGUCGGUCCAUGUACGUUCAUCGGGGGAGGCAUCGGUCCAUAUUGACUUGAAUGAGGAGCAGUUGGAGCAAGAAGAGGAGGGUGGGAACGACAUGGAUAAUGCACCAGUACAUCCUGCUAGACCCGUGCCACCCCGUCGUAGAGCUAAGGGUAAGCAACCGUCUACAUCCGCUUCCACCACAUCUGAAGAAUUCUUAAAGAUGGUCGCUGAGUUGAAAUGCGACAACGAAGAUAAAAAGCGAAUUCGGGAGGACAAGAUGCAGAUGCAGAGGGUGAUGAUGGAUAACUAUAUGGCGGCAGAGGAGGCUAGGAAAAAAAAGGAGGAGGAGAUGACACGGAUGGUCCAGAUGCAACAGCGACAUAACGAUAUGGACUUCGUGAUCAGGCCACACGAUCACCUCAGCGGGGGGAUGUUGGAGAUGGUUUUGGCGCAGAAACGCGACAUUUGUGAGAAGUACGGAUGA